AUGAAAUCUACGGCUAGAUUGCAGCAUACGAAGGGGUAUCAGGCCAUGGGGUCGUUUCAUAGCGAUGAUGUUGAUUUGCUGAUGAGCCAAAGUGAUAGAGACUACAAGCCACCGCAACUUCCAUUUGAUCCCGCUUCAGACAACAACCUGACGUUCAAUCAUCAAACGGGGGGUUCGGAUUUCUUGUUGGACCCAAACUGGACUUUUCUGAAUCAUGGUGCCUUUGGGGCAUCAUUGAAAGUUGGAUACGAACGGGCCGAGCAGUGGAGAUAUCACUUGGAACGCCAACCCCUAAGGUAUUUUGAUCGCGACCUCUUGCCUCACCUGGUCUACUCAGCACGACAGUUGGCGGAUUUCUGCCAAGUAUCACAUCGAGAAGGGUUGACGCUGAUACCCAAUGUGACCUACGGCUUGAACACAAUUAUCAGUGGCUACGUAGAAGAGUUCCGAGAAGACUCUCACAUCAUACUGUGGGACACGACAUAUGGAAGUCUCAAGAAGAUGGCAGAGGAAUACUGUAAUAAAGUGACGGAAGUUUCAGUGAUCCCCUAUUUUGAUAAGGCGCAUGAACUCAACGAGCCAUCCGAAAUAUUUGCCAUGGCUUUGGAAGAUGCUCUGGCCAAGAGUCAUCAUACCACAAAGCACGCUUUGCUUAUCUUAGAUCAGACGACAUCCAAUACAGCCAUCAACAUGCCACUUCGCAACCUGACGAGGAUUGCUAAAGAACGCGACAUGCUAGUCAUGGUAGAUGGUGCUCAUGGUUUACUUGCCAAUGAAGUCAUUCUGGAUGAUUCCGCUCCAGACUUUUACCUGUCGAAUGGACACAAGUGGCUAUCCUGCCCGCGCGGUGUUGCAAUGAUAUACUGCCCCAAAGAAGAACUACGGGAUAGCAUACUUAGACGACCAGCAGUCAUCUCGCAUGGAUUUGGGCAAGGAUACCAAAGUAGAUUCUUGUGGGAUGGCUGCAGAGAUUAUGCAGCGGCGCUUUCGCUCCCAGUCGUUCUAGACUUUUGGCGUUCCAAAGGGGUCGCAUCCGUUCAAGAAUCGAACCAAAACAGGCUUCGACUAGCAGUGUCCGCACUAGGAAAUGCUUGGCACGGCCGCAGCGACGAUUCCGUGACACUUGUUCCCAUGCGUCUUCAUGGACCGACCAUGGCGUUGGUGCGACUCCCUGAUUCCUACCAAUCUGCAAUUUCCACAUCUGAUGAUGCGAAGUACGUACAGGACAUGCUCUUUGAUAGGGCAAUUGAAGUCCCCAUAAACGCUGGCUACGUCCAGGCCAACUCGGUGCAGUCCCAGUUUGCGGCAUUGACGAAAGACCGGGACAAGUUUCAAAACGAAAAAGAUGAUGCCGAGCGCGAAUCCAAACGAGCCCAGGAGCGUCUGCGACGAUUGAAGCAGGAGCAAGUCGCCCUCCUUACAAAGAAUCAGGCUUGUCAGGAGUGCCUAGGGACGCUUUCUCGAAAGCAGACCAUGCUCCAGCAAGAGGAAAACCGUCUUCGCAUGGUCACGCAGAGCGAAAGAAAAGCGCUUGAAGCUUGUGCCGCACACACAAGCAAGCUUGUCAAGCAAGAAAAAGAAAUGACUAAGAAAUUCACCUCUGACAUGGGUAAAGCGAACGGGGAAGCAGCUCGACUUUUGGGCCAGCAGCUCAUUGACAAGAUUGUCAAAAACGUAUCUGUGGAUUCUGUGAAAGCAGUCGUGUCCAACAGCACCAUGAGUACAUCCUGCAAGGUCAAGCUAGAGCAAAUGAAGCUUGUUCAACAAAAGUUGGGAUCCGAAUGCGCGCGCUACGAAGAAGUCAAAGAUGAGUUUCGUCGAUCUAAUACCUCUUGCAAUGGAAUGCCAUCCGGUGGCGCCACAACUACACAAGCAGAGUCACAAAUGGAGAUUUUCUACUCUGUUGAUGCUUGA